GACACCCCUGAUUGGAAAUCUGCGCCGUCUGACGUCACUAAAGCAGUGCGCGCGGACUAGUCAUCCCCUCCACUACGCGAGAGAGCGCGCGCCUCCGUCUCGAAUGCGGGGGAUCCAGAUGCGCGCCCGUGCGCGGCACAGCUAUUCCGGUUAGAGCUCGGAUUCCAGGAGAAGAGCGAUACACGCUCAAAAUCCAAGACGAGCUGCGGAAGGAGGCGAGAGGCAAGAAAGCUGCAGUGGGAGUAAAAUAAAUAAACAAAGAAAGAAAUCAUACUAAUAAUAUUAACUGCAUCACCCCGGGAAUACUCGGAUGUAAAAAUCGAGCGCGCGUGAUCUUGUUUAAUUCGGCUGGAAUUAUGAGGAUGGACGCGCAGCUUGGAAUUACCGGAGCUUUAAGAUUGUGAACUAGUGUGGACCUCUCUUAACCUCCUGCUCUUGCCAUUUUGUGCAUUGACGGAUUUUUUAAUUUUUUUUUAAUUUAUGUCUUUUCUUAUUUUUUAAGUCUCUCUCUCUCUCUCUCUCUCUCUCUCUCUCUCUCUCUCUCUCUCUCUCUCUCUCACUCACUCACACACACACACACACACACACACACACACACACACACACACACAUAUAUUUAUAUAUGUAUAUAUUUUCUCCCCCCCCCAAUGUCGUGAGUCCUCCGGUAUUUUUCUAUGCUUUCAUAUCCCGCGUGACCGAAGCCCGGUGGGCGGAUGGAUGGUGAAAAGCUUCACUCCGGCACUGAGAAGCUGCUCGAUCUUGCGAACUGAGGCGCGUCAUGGACGGUGAACUUCGUUCGUACCUAAAAAAAGCAUCCGGCACUGUCGAAUAACUGCUGCUGGAAGAGAUCAGUUCCAGACCAGCAGAUUUAAUGGAACUAUAAAGACAAGACAAGAAGGUUUGUUUAAAAGUAGGCACCAUCUCAGUGGACAUGAUGCAGGCUGACCAAGGACAAAUGACAUAGGAUGAACACUGCUGCCCAGCUGUGUCUGUGUUUGCUGUCAUCCCUUCUCACCCUGGCCUGGGUGGCAGUGCCGCUGUGCCAGGCUUCCCCCUGCUCCUCCCUUGUGGCAGGGGUGCUUUACGGCUCCUUCUCCCUCAGGGACCUUUUCCCCGGCCCACACGGCCUGAGAACUGGCUGCUCGUGGACUGUGGAGAACCCCGAUCCGACCAAGUACACCCUCUACUUCCGCUUCAACCGCCAUGCCGGCUUUUGCCUAGCUUUUUCACCGCUAGUGUUGCCCCUGGACCACUACCUCGCCAACCAGACAUGUGGACAGGCGCAGCCCGACCCGGAAUCCGUAGAGCCAUGCCAGGUACCUGGUCCUCAUGCUUUCCUACAAUUUGAUAAGAACUUUGUGCAGUUGUGCCUCGCUGCAGAGACCAAACAAGAUUCAGAUGACGUAAAGGGACCUUUGUCUGUUGAAACGCUGGACUUCAGGCUUGUAGAAGUUCUGCUCAUCAACAAUGAGAAUUCCAGCCAGUUUACAUGUGGCGUGCUGUGCCGCUGGUUUGAGGAGUGCCUCCGUUCUGGCUCUGGUAGAGAGAGUGAAGGCUGUGGAAUCACCCAAACUGGAUGUGUGUGCCCUAACGCUGGGCCUCCAGUGCCAAUACUGCCCGCUACCCCCCACAACCAAUCUCUGGACCCCAGUGCCAGUGUGCUGCUGCCACCCACUGAUGACUGCUGCGUUACCCAACUGCAUGGCAAGAAUGGUAUCUCCAACAUUGCACCCAGAGAUGUUCACCAAGACUUUAACGAUGAUGAGCAGAAGGUCAAGACCCAGAGGCCAAGAUCAGCUGACCAGCCAGGAGUGUUCCAAGCCCAAACAGGUGAUCCAGCAGCCGAGGAGUGGUCUCAGUGGAGUGUGUGUUCGUUGACGUGUGGGCAGGGUUGGCAGGUGCGUACUCGCUCCUGUGUGUCCUCUCCAUAUGGCACACUGUGCAGCGGGCCGCUGAGGGAGACGCGCCUUUGUAACAACACUGCCACCUGCCCAGGUGAGCCACAGCAUCAAGCAGUGCGUGGCCUGUGGGAGGAAUGGUCUGCAUGGAGUCUGUGCUCGGUCUCCUGCGGCCGGGGCUCUCGGACUCGGGACAGGAGCUGUGCGGGCCCUGAACACCGAGCCGAGGCAUGCCCAGGUCCUGAUGUGCAGAGCAAACUCUGCUACAUAGCUGUGUGCCCUGUGGAGGGGCAGUGGUUGGAUUGGGCUCCUUGGUCUCCUUGUUCAGUAUCAUGUGGAACUGGCAGUCAGCAGAGGCAGCGGCGCUGCAGUGUGUCUGUACAUGGCUGGGCCGAGUGUAAAGGUCCGCACUCAGAAACGAGGGAGUGCACUAACCGGCCUUGCGAUGGGGGUGGAAACUGGGGAGCGUGGAACCAGUGGAGUCAGUGCUCAAAGACGUGCGAUUCAGGUUGGCAGCGCCGAUUUCGGAUGUGUGAAGGCACAGGAAUCCAGAAUUACCCCUGCGAUGGCUCAGGGGAGGAAGUGCGCUCAUGCAACGACAAGAAGUGCCCAGCACCUCAUGAGAUAUGCAAGGAUGAGUACCAAGGUUUAAUGACAUGGAAGAGAGCUUCAGCUGGAGAGACGGUCUACAACAAAUGUCCAUCAAAUGCCACUGGAUCUGCUAGUCGUCGAUGUUUGCUGGACGCUAAUGGAGUUGCUUACUGGGGUCCUCCGAGCUUCGCCCGAUGCAUCUCACUUGAAUAUAGAUAUUUACAUUUAUCUUUACGAGAGCAUCUUGCGAAGGGUCAGAGGACCCUGGCAGGGGAGGGCAUGUCUCAGAUCGUGAGGAGUCUCCUGGAGUUAAUGUCCCGCCACAGCUAUUAUAGCGGUGACCUCUUAUUCUCUGUGGAGAUUCUCCGAAAUGUGACGGACACCUUCAAGCGAGCAACCUACAUCCCAGCUCCCGACGACGUGCAGAAAUUUUUCCAGAUAGUCAGCUUAAUGUUGGACAUGGACAAUCUUCAAAAAUGGGAAGACGCCCACCAGGUCUCUCCAGGAGCCAUACUGCUAAUGCGAGUUGUGGAAGACUUCAUUCAUCUCAUCGGUGAAGCGCAAAAGCCAUUCCAAAGCUUUCUUGCUGUCACCACUAACCUCAUAAUCAAUAUCCAACGAGAGCCAGUAUCAGCUGUCUCCAGCGACAUUAACUUCCCUAUGAAGGGAAGGAGGGGGAUGAAGGACUGGGCACGCUCAGCAGAAGACAAGCUCUUCAUCCCUAAAGAAGUCUUCAGUCUGUCUUCUGAUGAAUCGGAUGAGGCUUCGUACUUUGUAAUUGGAGCCAUUCUUUACCGCACCCUCGGCUUUAUUCUACCACCACCGAAAGACCCUUUGGUGAUCAGUUCAAAGAUUUUAAGUGUCACAGUGCGGCCUCUACCCAAACCCACCGAGCCAGUAGUAGUAGUGGAACUGGCACCUCUGCUAAAUGGCACAUCACAGCCGCAAUGUGUUGUGUGGGACCACACCAGCCCUGAGGCUGGUGAGGAAAACUGGGACGCAGAAGGCUGCAAAACACUCCCGUCACCCGCAGUCCACACUAAAUGUCUCUGCAGCAAAAUUUCCACCUUUGCAGUGUUAGCAGAGAAAGCUAAAGACCCGGAUAUGGGACCAUCUAGCUUGCCCUCAGUACCACUCAUGGUGGGCUGUGGGGUGUCCUGCAUGGCUUUGUUCAUCUUGCUGGUCAUCUAUGCUGCCUCCUGGAGGUACAUUCGCUCUGAGAGGUCCAUCAUAUUGGUGAACUUCUGUCUGUCCAUACUGGCCUCUAACAUACUUAUACUAGUGGGACAGUCUCAGACACUCAGCAAGGGACUGUGCACUGUGACUGCUGCCUUUCUCCAUUUCUUCUUUCUGGCCUCUUUCUGCUGGGUUCUAACAGAGGCAUGGCAGUCUUACCUUGCUGUCGUUGGCAAGAUUAGGACACGCCUCAUUCGCAAGCGUUUCCUGUGCCUGGGUUGGGGUUUGCCAGCCCUUGUUGUUGCUGUAUCUGUAGGAUUUACCAGAGCUAGAGGCUACGGCACACCAAACUACUGCUGGUUAUCUCUGGAAGGAGGUCUGCUUUAUGCAUUUGUUGGUCCAGCAGCUGUCAUUGUUUUGGUCAACAUGCUUAUUGGGAUUGUGGUCUUCAACAAGCUCAUGUCCAGAGAUGGGAUCUCAGACAAAUCUAAAAAGCAAAGAGCGGGUCCGUCGCUGGAGGCGCGUAGCAGACUGCUCCUCCAGUGCUCCAAGUGUGGUGUGAUCUCCAGCACCGCUCUGUCCGGCUCCACCGCCAGCAGCGCCAUGACAUCAUUGUGGAGCUCAUGCGUUGUUCUGCCGUUGCUGGCACUCACGUGGAUGUCUGCAGUGUUAGCCAUCACAGAUCGGCGCUCCACACUCUUCCAGGUGCUCUUUGCAGUCUUCGACUCAGUCCAAGGCUUCGUCAUCAUCACUGUUCACUGUGCUAUGAGGCGAGAGGUACAGGAUGCUGUGCGCUGUAGGAUGGGUGGAUGUAAGGACGACAGUGAAAAUUCGCCCGACUCCUGCAAAAACGGCCAGGUGCAGAUCAUGACCGAUUUUGAGAAAGACGUGGACUUGGCAUGUCAAACAGAGAGAGGACAUCCAUUCAUCUUCAAGGAGGUGAACACAUGCAACCCAGCUAGCAUCACAGGCACACUGUCACGCAUUUCCCUGGACGAUGAGGACGAUCCCAAGUUAGCUACCCAUCAAGAAGGCAUCAACUUUAGCAGUCUGCCUGGCAACAUCCCCCCGCCCAACCUCUUGGCUCAAGUGCCAACUCUGGGCACAUUGAAUGAGCUCAACGAGACGCCCCGGAAAAAGGAGGUCAAUGUGGAACAGCAGGGGCAGCACCAACGUUCUGCACCAGUCUACCUGUGCACAGAGAGUGCAUUGAGUUGGGCACGGCCAUCUACUGCUGCCACUGACCCAGCAAGCGGUGUAGGGGGUGGCGAAGGGGACUACAUGGUGUUACCACGGCGGACGGUCAGCCUCAAGCCCAAACUGAUACAGGAAAAUGAAAAACCUCUCAAUAUCAGCGUAGAAGACCCACCUUUUCCUCCACCCCCUUCACCCAUGACCCUUCACCCGGCCGAGAGCGAGCCAUUCCCAGCAGACUUUGCCACUGUGGACCAUGUUGGUGUAGGUCUGCACCGAUCCUAUGGACCUGUUAAGCAAGUACCCAGCCUCGCCAGUGCCCACACACUGCAAGUGAAACAAAGCCGGCCAUCCAUCAGGCAGAUCUUCACUUCCGGCAAGGCAGAACGCACCAGGACCCUGCCCCGCAAUUUGGGCAGUGCCAAUGCCAAUGUCUCAGCUGGCUCCCUAGAAAGGAAAAGAGUACGAUACUCUGAGCUGGACUUUGAGAAAGUGAUGCACACUCGCAAAAGACACUCAGAGCUCUACCAUGAACUCAACCACUCCACCAAGUUCCACACCAUAGAUAGGUAUAGCAGGGACCCUGCCGUGACCAUGUUUAAGAGGGAAAAGCAGCGAAGCAUUUCAUCUGCCAGUGGUGAAAAGAACUCGCAGAAUGACAAGGCCACAGCAGAUGAGCAGCAAUCCUGGGGCAGCUUUAAGACAAUGACAACUGAGCCGUCAUCUGGCUCCGGCGGACAAAAAAUGGAUCGAGUGGAGCUGCACAGUAAAUCCUGGGACACUUCCUCUGCAAACACUCCUGACACAUCCGAAGGAGACUUCCAGACUGAAGUUUGAGGAAACACACACAGAAAGGACACACGCAUAAAUGGAAUGAGAUUUACCAAAAGGAAAAUCUAUAAAAGGAUUAUACAUUUGUUUACGAGAAUAGACCAUUAAAAAAAAAGACUCUAUAUUUUCACAUGGACACUUUCAGUGAACGAAACUGGGGCUCAGAGAGUAUAUGGGAGAAUUUUUAACAAACUGUUUCUGAAAUGUCUUGAUUUUACUCUGGAAAGGAUUCUCUUUCACAUAUUUGGAAAUUUGGAAACAAAUAUUUCUGCACCAUCCUUUUUAUAGCGAUUUAAAAAAAAAAAAAAAAAGCCCCCUUACUCAUGUUUCACACACAUGAUCGGCACCGUCAAGUUUUGUUCGACCUUUAUGUCCUGUCUUUGUUAAUAAAUGACUCUCUCUGUUUUUGUGGGAAGGGGGAGAUUUAACGUGAUUCAUUAAUAGGAUCAAGAAUCAAACCUCUUUUGAACGUUGUCACUUUUAUUUAGAUUUUCCAAACAUUGUUUAAUUCAUUUGCUUAAACAGUGGAAGAUAUAUAUA